AUGGACUCUCUUUACUGCACUGUUUGUAAUAUAUUUGGUUUUGUUUUGCAGGGCCUGUAUGUUUUUGUGGUCUAUGUUAUCUUGCACAAUCAACUCUGCUGGCCAGUGAAAGCCAGCUACAGUAUGGAAAUCAAUGGUCAUCCCAGUCCUGGGUCAACCUAUCUGACAACAGGCAGUGGUGCACCAUCCGUAGGAGGGGAGAUCAGCAAGUCCACUCAGAACCUAAUCACUGCAAUGGAGGAGAUACCAGCUGACUGGGAACAAGCCUCUUUAAGAACCAGCAGUCAAGCAAGCAGCAUCUUCAAGCAAAGUCCACUGAAUGGCAACACUUAUGGCACUAAAGGAGAUUAUGGUACUGGAAACUUGGUGGGGGAUGAAGAGUCACAAGAGUUUGAUGAUUUGAUAUUUGCCUUAAAAACUGGUGCCGGCCUCAGUGCCAGCGAUAAUGAAUCAUAUCACGGAAGCCAAGAUGGUCGAAGCAUUGCUAAUUCACAGAUUGUGGAGCUCCGAAGAAUACCAAUAGCAGACACUCACCUUUAACAGCCUUCCCUGCUUUGCAAUCGAAAUUUGAUCAUAUUUUUAUACUUUUUGGAUGUCCUUCUUUUGCACUAAAAUUUUGCAUUUAAAUAUUUAGAGCAGUGUUAUACUUUACACCGUUUGUACAACAUUUUGUAACGUUCAACUGAUUAUAACCUUAGACUUCAAUGUAACCCGUUGAAAAGUGUUUUCUGUAGUUUUUUUUUAAACUUGAGUACAAAAAAGUAAAUUUUAAUUAUUAACUAAUAUGAAUGAUCGAUUUCUGUAGAACCUAGAUACAAAUUGAAAAAAAUAGCAAUAAAUGACUGAUGUAAAUCAUUUACAUCUUCCCUUAGAAGCAAUACAAUAAAAAUAAUUUUGCGGUCAU